AUGGGCUUCCACUCGCUCCAAUAUCUUCCCGACGACGUCGUCGUCUCGGUAGCCUUCAACAUUGAAGUAUCUUCAGACUCCCACACCGCCCACUGCCACAUACUUCUCGCCAGAAAGAGCAAGUCGAAAGCUUCCUCCAAAGCCCAUGACUGCCGCAGUGUUGGAUUCAAAAGCGGCAAGAGGUUGAAGCUCGAUGCGUCACCUCGGGAAACCCUCGCACAAUUGGCAAAAAUGUCGCAUCGAGAGCUUUUGGUGUCCUCAAUCCUCGAAUCUUUGGAGGCGCAAAGUAAAACCAAGGACUUGAACGCCAAGAUUGAGGCGCUUACCAACUAUGUUGCCAUCCCCCUCACCCAGGAGAUCAAACCCGAGGUUCUUUCAAUAGUCAAGUGGGCGUACAUGUCUGCUUCUUCAUCUUACCAGGUGUGA